GUUCAGAAUGCACCAUAUCCUCCAAACAAACGUGUUGAUAAUUUCGGUGCUUCUUUUCGCCAGUGGUGUAAAUUGUGCUCGCGUGAAAGAAUAUGUUCAGGAGAAAGCAGCAACAUGUCCCGUACCUAACGCAGACAAAUUUGCAGUUCAGUUUCCGGGACCGAUGAACUUCACAUCCGGAAGUAAUGUUGUGAAGUUUUACGGAAAUUUUACCGUGACGGAGACCAUUCAAGAACCACUCGAGAUAAUCAUAGCGACGAAUCGAUGCACACUCGACAUGAAAACCUGUGAGCUGUUCAAUAAGCUGACCCUGUCGGACCUCUGCCGUUACAUCAACGACCAGAAAGGCGUUUGGGCAUCGUUCUUCAAAAGCAUGGAACCCGACUUUCGCUGCCCAAUCAAACCGGGACUGUACAAGUUCGUAAACUCCGUCGUUGAUCUUUCCUUCUCGACUAAUUUUCCACUGGAAGGAUACCGCUGGCAAACCAGCUUGAAGCUGUACUCUACUGUGAAACCAAAGAGGGAAUUGUUCUGCAUCUCGUCGCAAAGUUUUAUGCGCUGGAUCAAAAAGCCGUAGGUUAAAGGAUUUGGAAACAGUUUCCACUAAAAAAAAUACAAUAUAUACGGCUUUAGAGUGGUCAUUCAGAGGACUAAUAAAAUCUUCAAUCCAAUCGCAAUAAAAAUAA